GUGAAAAAAGGGGAAAGUUUCUGCAUAAAUCUCUUUGGUGGAAAAUGUUUACCCAUCUUGAGGAGAUACCUCAUCUCGCUGUUGCCUAGUAAGAGUCAACAAUGUGUGGAGAGAGGAAUGGAAAAAAAAGAGAGUCAAAGAGGGAUUCAUACGGGAAGACGCCAAGAACUUGAUCUGAAAUGCAAGUGAAAGAAUUCUUUGCCCUUAUCCCCCCACUCUCUGGUCAAAGAAUUAAUUCCGCGCCAUGCGCAUUCGUGUGUUGGAAAUAAUUUGUGAAUGAAAGUGGUUGUUUAGGGAUGGCGGGGGCGGUGAAGAGUGGCGCGGCGCGACUUAUAGUACGCGCCGUCUCAUAUUAUCAUGGGAUUUUUCGUGAGAAGCAUCCACUUGGUGAUCAUACAUUCAUACACGAACACUUUAGUUGCUCAACGGGAGCUGAGCUGGAAGGUUGUCUUUGGGAAUUCUUGCUAGUGGUGAGCUUUUGGUGUGCCGAAGAAAAUAAAGGAGUAACUUCUGUGUGUGGGGAAAAGAUUUCAAUUCUCGCAGCAACAUUCCGCGCGGUGCCAAUGAUGGCUCUGUAGGGAAUUUUUCUUUGGGCGUUUUAUCAAUACGUUGCGUGCUUGAAAAAAAAAGUGACGAAGGGUGUGCAAUAUUGAAAAAUUAUGUCAACACAGAGCAUUCGUAUAAAUACGGGUGAGAGUGUUGAGGGUCCUCAGGAGGGUACCAAAUCCUGCGGAUGGUUCACCUUCAGACCAAAAUGCAUUCAGACAUUCUUGUCACCCAAAUGGGCUCUCUUCUGGUUGUGCUGGGCAGGAGCUGUUCAGGGAUUAGUCGUCAAUGGAUUUAUUAACGUUGUCAUCACGACCAUUGAGCGUCGCUUUGGGCUCAAAUCAUCACAGACAGGCCUCGUGGCGAGCGGCUAUGAUAUUGCAUCCUUCCUCUGCCUUGUUCCUGUGACAUACUUUGGGGGCCGCAGUGGGGCAUCAAAGCCCAAGUGGAUUGGCAUUGGGGUGAUCCUCAUGGCAUUGGGAUCCUUCACCUUCUCCCUGCCACAUUUCCUCGUUGGACACUACAGAGCAACUGGGAGCGACAGCAACAUCUGCCCAUCGGACCUAAACGCCACAAAUACCUCCAAUUCGCAGGGAAAUUCACCAGCAGAUUUAUGUAUUGUCACGGGUGAAAAUGGAAUAGAUGACUCCCAUGAGGAUUUAUCGUGGAACGUGUGGCUGUUUUUCAUCGCUCAAUUGCUCCAUGGUGCCGGUGCAUCGCCCCUCUAUACGCUGGGCGUUACCUACAUUGAUGAGAAUGUCUCCAAGAAGAUGUCUUCUGUGUACUUAGGGAUUUACUACACGACUGCAAUCAUUGGACCAGCUGUGGGAUACGUUGUUGGGGGUCAAUUGCUUCUCUUCUACACGGAUAUGGUGUCUGUGGAUCCUCUUGUAUUUGGGUUGACACCGGAGAGUAAGGUGUGGGUUGGAGCAUGGUGGGUGGGAUUUGUAUUUAUGGCGGUCUUCUGCCUUUUGCUCUCUAUCCCAAUCCUUGCCUUUCCACCCUCUCUUCCUGGAGCUGAUGAGCUGCGUCUCGAGAAGGUUUCGGAAGCACACGAUGGCGGUGAUAGCAGUGCAGGUACGCAGAAAUUCUCAAAAGUCCGUGAGAUGCCCAAAGCACUUUGCAGUCUUCUCAAGAAUCCAACAUUCUUCUUCUUAAAUCUCGCCGGAGCUUCCGAAGGUUUGAUAAUAGCGGGAUUUGCAGCAUUUCUACCGAAGCAAAUUGAGAAUCAGUUCAGUGUAACUGCUGUCUGGUCAGCACUACUAAUGGGAAUCAUCACUGUUCCCGCUGGAGGUGGUGGAACUUUCCUCGGGGGAUAUUUAGUGAAAAAAUUAAAUCUCUCCUGUGCUGGGAUUAUCAAACUCUGUCUCGUGGCUACUUUCUUUGCAAGCCUCUUUACAAUAUGCUUCUUCCUUUCCUGUCCCAAUCCUACUUUUGCCGGAGUUACCACCUCCUACCGCAUGGAUGAUGUAGCUGCUGCUCUCCCUGGCAAUGGACUGCACUUGGUACAUCCGUGCAACAGCAAAUGCUCCUGCAGCAGAAUGAACUAUGAUCCUGUGUGCGGAAUCGAUGGAAUUAUGUACUAUUCUCCCUGCCAUGCGGGAUGUGAGCAAGAAAAGAGCCUAGACCAGUCUAAAAUUUACCUAAACUGUGACUGCAUAGACGGGAACUCUUCUUCAACCGGCUACGAAGCUAUAAAUACGAUGUGCGAUUCAACAUGUAAUCAUCUCUGGAUUUUUGUGAGUCUCUGCUUCUUUGUAAUGUUCUUCACAUUCCUCGCCACCAUGCCCGCUCUUUCGGCUACCCUUCGAUGUGUUCAUGAAGAUCAGCGUUCAUUCGCUUUGGGUAUUCAGUGGAUUAAGGUGCGCAUAUUGGGUACAAUUCCUGCUCCCAUGAUCUUUGGUUCUCUCAUCGAUGAAUCCUGCAUUCUGUGGCAAGAAUCUUGUGACAAAUUUGGCGCCUGUCUGGUCUACGAUAAUCUCUACAUGAGUCGCUACAUGCUUGCGCUGGCCUUCAUCGGCAAGGUUUGCUCCGUUAUCUUCUUCCUCGGCGCAUGGUGGUUCUACAUCCCACCUAAAACUACUGCCACCGUUGUCGUAGCCAGGCAGCUGCAAGUGGCUGCUGUGAAUGGUAAAUGUGGAGAAAAUCACCUUCCGGGUCAGGACAAUGAAGAAAAAUACUAAAAUGAGUUUUUCUGUGGAUUCGUGACGUAUAGCUUAAAUCCCUUUUAGGCAUUGCAUGUAAUUUUUACCUAAUUAUAUAUUAAAACUAUUUAUUAUGUAGACAUUUCCAUUUUUAUACCAUUAGAGAUGGAGGAUAAAUAAAAAUCGUAAUGUGGAAAGAAAA